AAUGUUGCCAAACGUUUUCCAAUGGAAUCAGACUAAUGAAUACAUCCCUGAUCGUUCAGAACAGCACCGUUUCGGUUUAAUUGAACGUUCCACUAACUUACGGUUUUUCGUUGAAGGCAGCUCUGCCGUACUAGCUAAAUCGAUGGUUAUUUAGCAUUGUUAGCAAUGGUAGCUAACAUUGCAGUGGUCGCUGCCUAGCUUACUUAGUGCAACCAAUAACAACAAUAUUGACACUCGUCAUACUGCAAUCGUGAUGCAUUUGCUUCAGAAUAAUAAAGAUGAUCGUAGAAGUCUAGUUUUACCUGUACAUUCGUAUUUUGUGGAUGUAAAAGGACGACCGUGUUCAUUCCCUUGUUUGGACAACCAGCUGACGGACAAAACUGAGCUAGCUGUGCUUUUUAAAUACAACUUUCGUCAGAUUUUAUCUUCAAAACAGUAAUACAUCAAAUCAAUCUACACGUAGGACAGAAAAGUGGAAGCAUGUGGAUUUGUACAUUUUUAUUCGUAGAAUAAUGGUAUUGAGUAAUUAAUAAUACAUAUUUUAACAUUAUGCCAAUGCAAAGUUACACAAAGAACGAAUCCCCUAAACAGAAACCCAAGAUAUACAUGUGAAAGAUUCAGUUUGUCGCGGGAUGGCUUGAAAUAAACAACAUGCAAAAUUGUACCGUUUUAUUUCAUUGUGGUCGUUUAUCUAAGUUAUUCAGUAUUUCAUUUUGUUUCUAGUUUGGACACUGUUAAGAGACUUAAUUUACGUCAUUAAGUAACUAGCUACUAGUAGCGUUUGGUUUCUCAAGCUGGCUGACUACGAUAUUAUGGCUCGACCAACAAGAGCCAAGAACCAAUUGAAUUACUCAGACUUGAUGGAGCUUGAUGAUGAUGAAGAUUUUGCCUGUAUGAAAGGGCCUUCCAGCAAGAAAGCUCGGGUCCUUGUCAAAGAACCACAGAGAGACAAGGGUCUGCAUCAAUCAAGCAAAUCUUUCGAACUUCAUGAGGUCACAAGUGAGAGGGGAUCCAAUGUCAACCCCUCCAGCCAGAGAUGGGCAGCUGUCAAAGCUAAAGAUCAUCAGAGAUCCAUACUGAAAGUGGAGAGGAUCAGCCAGGUUGAGAGUGGGCGGGAGGAUAAGGAUUACCAGCCUACCUGCAUACCACCACAGAGUGGAAUAAGUCCCAACUCAACCCCGAAUUCCACCACAAAGUCUCCGGGACAAGGCUUGCGACUGGGAUUGUCCCGUUUAGCAAGGGUCAAACCUCUGCACCCCACUGCUAGUGGUAACUGACUCUUGCCCUAUUAAACAGAGUGAAGUCAGAAUCUCUUUUUCUUUGGUGUACUGUGUGUUAGCCUGUUACUCUUGUGUUGCAUUGCUAAUAUUGCAGUUCUGUAAUAAUUUUUGUUUAAAUGUUGUAUCUAGUGAUUGCUAUUCAUCAAAAUGUUUAUUUUUUAAACAUUUGUUUCUUA